UAUUCUUAUAUCAACUUUAUAACUUUCCAGAUGCAGAUUAACAUGAAAUAAUCGAAAGAUGAAAUUCUUUAGGAUUCAAGCAUAAAGGAUUAAAGCAAUGAAAAUUCUCAUAAUAAGAUCAAUAUAAUUUGUAAAAAACUCUAAAAAAUUUGCACUCUAACUAGUCAAAUAGCAUAUCCAAAAAUAUAAGUCAAGAAAAUUAAAAAGAAUUCUAUGGAAUCCAAGAAAAAGAAGGAUAGUUAGUCAAAAACAUCGAAAUUAAAUAAAAACAAAAAUCAAUGUUUUCGUCAGACCUGUCUAGAUCUCAAACUUUUAGAAUAUCUCUCUUAAUUGAAUGCUAUUGAAAAUUUAUAGCAUCAAUUAGAAAAAGUUAAAGAAUUGAUUUAACUUUUUGAUUGA